AUGUCUCACGCCAUUUUGCUAGUCCAGCCUACCAAGAAGCUAGAAGGCAGAACCUAUGCUGACUGUGAAUCUGUGAAUGAAUGUGUGGUAGGCGUUUGUAAAAUGUAUAAAGAGCAUCUGCAGAGAAUGAAUCCCAACACUCCCUCGAUUACGUGUGACGUCAGUCAGUUGUUUGAUUUUAUUGAUGAUCUGGCAGACCUCAGCUGUCUGGUUUACCACACUGAUACUCAUACAUUCCAGCCUUAUAACAAACACUGGAUCAAGGAGAAGAUCUACGGGCUCCUUCGUCAGCAUGCCCAACAGACUGGGAAAUAG